UACCUUCUUUCCAUCGGCUCUGCCUGCUCAAGCUACGAUAGACACAUGCCAUAAGGCCCAAAGGGCCAUUGCCAUCUUUUACUGUCAGCAGGCCCAAAUAGUUUGGAAGUCCACUUGCUGCGCUUUCUCAAUUUCCGUUUCUUAGCUUCUUAGUUCUUGCUGCCUUGUGUUUAUGUACCAACUAGGAGUUCUCUCCCAUAUAAACCCCGAUUCUCGGAUUCUAGAGCAAACCCAGAAAGUGAAAAGCGCAGCAGCGGCAGCAGAAUCCGGACGCCACUAGCUACUGCCCUCUCUCCACUUCUCAUCUUAUCUGGUCUCUGCAAUUUUCGGGUGAUCUUGUAAUCGUGAUGAAGACUCACAAUAUAGUUAACUAUCGAGCACUCAAACGACACGAGCUCAAAAGCACCCUCCUCCCGAUAAACCCAUCUACCUUUCUUGCACUUUUCUGUUCUACCCCUCACCCCUGCUCCUCUCCGAAAACCCAAACCCUACCUAAAGACAACCUUACAAACCCCCCACCAGUUACUCAGCGCUUCCUUCAAAACUCCAUCCAAUCUUCUCAGUGGAAUUUGAUCAAGCACCAUGCGCCAAACCUCACCCCCUCUUUAAUCUCCACCGCCCUCUACAAUCUCCGCGAAAAUCCUCACCUUGUACUUGAAUUCAUAUCCCACAUAGAGUUCCAUCGUCUCGAUGUUAAAACCUGCUGCCUCGCCAUCGCUAUUGUCGCGUGCCUCCCAUCUCAAAAACCCACUUUACAACUCUUAAAGCAAGCCAUUUCCAGUGGCAUUUCUACAACCAGAGGACUAUUUGAUGAGUUGGCGCUUGCGCGUGAUAAUUUGAGUAUCACAAGUAGUAUUGUUUUUGAUUUGUUGAUAAGGGCUUCUUGUGAUUUGAAGAGGGCUGAUGAGGCUUUUGAGUGUUUUGAUAUGAUGAAGGAAAAGGGUGUUUUACCUAAGAUUGAGACGUGUAAUAUGAUGUUGAGUCUGCUAUUGAAGUUGAAUAGAACACAGGCAGCGUGGGUUUUGUAUGCGGAGAUGUUUAGGCUGAGGAUCAAAUCAAGUGUGUAUACAUUUAAUGUAAUGAUUAAUGUGUUGUGUAAAGAAGGGAAGUUGAAGAAGGCGAAGGAGUUUAUUGGGUUUAUGGAGGGGUUAGGGGUUAAGCCUAACGUUGUUACUUAUAACACGUUAAUCCAUGGGUAUUGUUCAAGAGGGAGGAUUGAAGCCGCGCAUUUGAUUCUCAAUACCAUGAAAGUUAAAGGUGUGGAACCAGAUUCAUAUUCGUAUAAUUCGCUUAUCAGUGGGAUGUGUAAGGAGGGCUGGCUUGAGGAGGCAUCUGGGCUGGUAGGUAAAAUGGUGGAGAAGGGGUUGUUCCCAAGUGCUGUGACGUAUAAUGCAUUGAUUGAUGGGUAUUGCAAUAAAGGGGAAUUAGAAACAGCCUUUGGUUAUAAAGAUGAGAUGGUUAGGAAAGGGAUAAUGCCAACUGUGUCGACUUACAAUUUGUUGAUUCAUGCGUUGUUUAUGGAAGCUAGGAUGAGUGAAGCUGAUAAUAUGAUUAAGGAAAUGGGAGAGAAGGGAAUGGCUCCUGAUGCCAUCACAUAUAACAUCUUGAUUAAUGGGUAUUGUAGGUGUGGGAAUGCAAAGAAAGCCUUUAGCCUCCAUGAUGAGAUGUUGACUAGUGGGAUUGAACCUACACGGGUAACCUAUACGUCACUUAUUCAUGUUUUGAAUAAACGCAAUAGAAUGAAGGAGGCAGAUGAUUUGUUUGAGAGGAUACAGCGUAAAGGUGUGUUGCCAGAUCUUGUAAUGUUUAAUGCCUUGAUUGAUGGUCACUGUGCUAAUGGUAACAUGGAACGUGCAUUUUCACUUUUGAAAGAGAUGGAUAGGAUGAAGGUUCCUCCUGAUGAAGUGACUUACAAUACCUUAAUGCAGGGGCGCUGUAGGGAGGGGAAAGUUGAAGAAGCUCGUGAACUCCUUGAUGAGAUGAAGAGAAGGGCGAUUAAGCCUGAUCACAUUAGUUAUAAUACUCUCAUUAGUGGUUAUAGCAGAAAAGGGGAGAUGAAGGAUGCAUUUAGAGUUCGAGAUGAGAUGUUGAGUAUAGGUUUCAAUCCCACUCUUCUCACUUACAAUGCUCUUAUACAAGGCUUGUGCAAAAACCAAGAAGGUGACCAUGCUGAAGUGCUCCUCAGAGAAAUGCGAACUAAAGGUAUAAACCCGGAUGACAGCACCUAUUUCUCUUUAAUUGAGGGGAUUGGCAAAGUUGAUAACUUCGCGGGGGAUGGAGAUUCAUAAACGACAUAUUUCUUCACAUUCUUAUGAAUUUUCACGGAGAAGGGGGAUAUCUUGAAGCAAGUUUAGGUUUCAACUUUCAACCCAUCCUUUAUGGUUAAAAUGCCAUUAUACAAGGGUUAUUCAAAACCAAGAAGGCGACAAUGCAGAAGAGCUCCUCGGACGAAUGAUAAUAAAGGUAUAACAUCCGGUGACAGAAUCUCUCUCUCUUUAAUCAAGAGGAUUGCCAAAGUCGACAGCUUCACGGGAACUAGGGAUUCAUAAUGAUGUAGUUUUCCGCAUUAUUCUGAACUUUAGUGGAGAAAGGUGUUCUCUUGAAGCAAAGUUUCUGUUCGGAAAUUGGAAUAUUCUUUUCAUUUCCUUUUGUUUGGAAUACCAACUUGUUCUGUGAUUUUGGCAGAGAAUAAUGUUAUUGAGAGAGAUGAUUUCUCCAAAGUUUUGUCAUACUUUGUGGUAACCCAACAUUGAGAUAAUGCUGUCACUAGAUGAUUACCGUGCC